AUGCCGCCCUUCCAGAGCAAGAUUGCAUUACCCAGAUUCGGCCGAAUCGGCCGAAUAGGAAAGGCUUCAUAUGGGCCUGAUCCAGAACCAGAGCCAGACAUCGUCUACUACUGGAAACCCUUCGAGAAAAAGUACGGUUUUAUGUCGAUGUGGUACCCAUCGCCGUUCCGUGACAGUUACGACCCGUCCAAAGUUUACCCAACGGCUGAGCACUACUACUUACACCACAAAGCGCUCUUGUUCGACGACCCUGAAAUCGCCGCCGAGGUCCUUAGGUGUAAAUCUCCACAUAGGGCUAGAGAAUUAACGAAGAAGCUUAAGAACUAUGACCAGGCCGUCUGGGAAACCCAUCGUGAGCGCAUCCUUUACGAGGCAAACUGGCACAAGUUCACGUCACCAUAUACCCCCCGUAACACCCUCCCGGCUACCUGUGAGCUAUGGUUUGAUAUUUCCGACGAGGCAUUAAAGCAUUCGGAACGGUUGAAGGAAGCUCUACUAGAGACAGGUGACCGACAGAUUGUUCAGGCAUCACCGUUGGACUACGUUUGGGGCAACGGAUAUUGGUGGAAGGUAUCAUGGCAACGACGCCAGAGGUGGGGCCUCAAUCUUCAAGGAAUAAUCCUCAUGCAGCUGCGAGACCGUAUCCGACACGAGGAAGAAAUGAAGAAGAUGAUGGAGAGUCCCGAAAACUAG